AUGUCUUUGGUCGAUAGCUCUUGGGCCGAUCGCCUGUCAUGUCAAAACGCGGCUCCCAACUUUCCAAACGCUGGCUGCGCAAAACGCUUGAGAAAGGUAACUCAACCAGGGGCACCUUGGGCCUGGUAUUGGGAGAUAGGUAUAAUUCCUCCGCCUUGGAAAACGGACCAUUAUGAAUGCACACAAGAAAGCACUUAUACAAUUAAAGCAUGCUGUUCACCCAAGGUGGAAGCUCUCAAACCCGGGGCUGACUCCUGGAUCGCUGGGAUUUGCGUCAACCCAGAGGGUCGCCCACUAAAACUUUAG